AUGCAGUUGUACGCAAAUGAAAUAUGUGCCAGGUGCGCUGCAUCGAUACUGGUGUCUUUGCUUAAGUUUGGCUGGUUGAAGAUCUACGGAAGGUCGUCAGGUUAUGACGAUUCUUCGCUGCGGAAAUGUGCUAGUCUGCUCUUGGCUUUUAGGAAGAAGGCGGUGAUGGAAAGUCCAGCGUCGAAACAGAAGCUGCUGAAUGCGCUCAGCCGAAGGUCGGUUCCCCUGCAGCCGCAGGUGCACAAAACGACUGUGAACUUGAACCCAGUGAGCCACAGUAAGUCGCCUACUCGUGUGAGCACACCUUCGCAUCUGACGUUACCGAUAUUCGGUUGUAGGCACCCGUCGUACGUGUCGUUCGUGUGUAAAAAGUGUCGACUUCCUCGAUCUGAUGCAAAGGUGAGCACCGUAUGCCAUCACAUCAUGUGCAGCGCUUGCUGGGACGAAGCUCUGAAGGCCUCGACGUGUUCCCUGUGUCAAACGUCUCAAUCGGCUUGCGACCUGCUUGAUGUAAGCGACGUAUAG